AUGACAAAUCUAUUAGCUGCUGUUAUCAUUGCUUUUACAUUUGGUGAAAUUGGAAAUAGUACAAUUCAAAAGCCAAAUUUCCUAAAUCAGCUCUCUCAGGAUAACUUGCCUAGUGUUUUGUUUGCAAUGGCUGGGGGGGUCUUCCUCAGCCUCGGAAAUCUGGCGACUCAAUAUGCUUGGGCAUUUGUUGGUUUGUCAGUGACCGAGGUGAUCACUUCGAGCAUAACUGUUGUCAUAGGGACAACCUUAAACUACUUCUUAGACGACAAAAUUAACAGAGCCGAGAUUCUAUUUCCUGGCGUAGGAUGCUUUCUGAUUGCUGUUUGUUUUGGUUCUGCUGUACAUGCAUCAAAUGCUGCAGAUAAUAAAGCAAAACUCACUAGUUUAUCCAAAGAUAGCGCAGUGAUAAAGGAUGCACCUAUCUCCAAUGAAAAGAAUGCAAACAGCAGUAUAAAGGAAGACUUGGAGAAUGGACUUGGUACUAAGGAGAAGGCAAAAUUCGGUACUGCACAUUUUCUUAUAGAACUCGAGAACAAAAGAGCAAUUAAGGUAUUUGGGAAGGGAAGUUUAAUUGGCUUAGCCAUAACUUUCUUUGCUGGAUUCUGUUUUUCACUCUUUUCACCAGCAUUCAACUUGGCGACUAAUGAUCAGUGGCAUACAUUAAAAUCUGGCGUUCCUCACUUAAGUGUCUAUACUGCAUUCUUUUAUUUCUCAGUAUCAUGUUUUGUAAUUGCCAUCAUUCUAAAUAUCAGUUUUCUGUAUCGUCCCGUUCUAAACUUGCCCAAAUCGUCGAUAAAGGCUUACUUAUCUGACUGGAAUGGUCGAGGUUGGGCCCUUUUGGCUGGACUCUUGUGCGGGUUUGGGAACGGUCUUCAAUUUAUGGGAGGUCAAGCUGCUGGAUACGCUGCAGCAGAUGCCGUUCAGGCACUUCCACUUGUUAGCACGUUUUGGGGUAUACUUCUGUUUGGCGAGUAUCGGCGAUCAUCAAGAAGAACCUAUGUACUCCUUGUGGGGAUGUUGUCGAUGUUUAUCGUGGCUGUUGGUGUCCUUAUGGCUUCAUCCGGACAUCGAAAAUAA